ACCGCGCGACCGCGACGGCUGCUCGACGCCCCCCCCCCCCCCUCCCAGCAAGCAUCGGCGCUGACCGCCCGGCCAUGGACGCGUUCCUCCCCCCUCCGGCGCCGCCCGCCUCCGCGUUCGGCGGCGGGGGCGGGGUCCCCGCGCGCGGGCACCACCGGCGCGCCCACUCCGAGACCUUCAUCCGCCUCCCCGACGCGGACCUCCUGCUGGACCCGGACGCCGACUUCGGCUUCUCCGACAUCGACUUCCCCUCGCUCUCCGACGACUCCCCCGCCGCGUCCGACCCGACGCCGCAGCCCCAGCCCCAGCAGCCCGCGCCCCCCGCGCCGCCGCCGUCGGCGCCGCGGCCGCCGAGCGGGGCGCACAUGCGGAGCCUCUCCCUCGACGCGGCCUUCUUCGACGGCCUCUCGCUGCAGGGAGGAGGGGCGGGGGGCGGCGUGGCGGGGCACAAGCGGAGCGGCUCCAUGGACGGGGCCACCUCGCCGUUCGAGGGCGAGUCCGCGCCCCCCGGCGCGCUCCCGGACUACGCAAAGAAAGCCGUGCCCGCCGAGAAGCUCGCCGAGCUCGCGCUCCUCGACCCCAAGCGCGCCAAGAGGAUCCUGGCGAACCGGCAGUCGGCGGCGAGGUCCAAGGAGAGGAAGAUCAAGUACACCAGUGAGCUCGAGAGGAAGGUGCAGACGCUGCAGACGGAGGCCACCACGCUCUCAGCACAGCUCACGCUUCUUCAGAGGGAUACCUCUGGUUUAACCACCGAGAACAGGGAGCUCAAACUCCGGUUACAGGCCAUGGAAGAACAAGCUAAACUUCGAGAUGCUCUGAAUGAUGCCCUGAGAGAAGAAGUCCAGCGGCUUAAGAUAGCUGCUGGGCAAGUCCCUAACAUGAACGGGAACCCCUUCAAUGGAGGACUACCACAGCAGCAGCAGCAGAUGGCGUCCUAUUUCUCACAACCGCAGCAGAUGCAAUAUUUCGGCGGCCACCAGGGCCAGCAUCACCACCACCGAACCUCUUCAAACGGUGGUGGCCAGUCCCUGAGCGACUCGAUGGAUUUCAUGUGAGGCGACUAGACCUCAGGUUCCUGAGGCCACAACACAAACUGCAACUAAAGUACUGUAAAGGUAGCUGAUGUAUACCAUAUUCGUAUGAGAUGUAUCAUUCUUAUGCUAGCUAGCUGUUCUUUGUACCAUUAAUCAAAAAGUCAUCCAUGCAUGACAACCAUACAUUAUCACUUUGGCUUUGGGGUUUAGAUUCCUUGACUGAUUGACAUGUUGCCCCUGUAAAGAUGUUCCUAUAGUAGUGAAUGGAGUGGUUUUCCGGUUGGAACU